AUGGAACCCGCCCUGCAGAGUCCCCUCUUCACCCAACAUGUCGUCAAGGCUAUGCGGUCCCUCUACCCUGAGGAGCUCGCCGACCGGGCCUGGGACAACGUUGGCCUCCUCCAGGAAAACAUCAACCCUACCUCUGGCAGCGUCCCUUCACGGGUGCUGCUCACCAACGAUUUGACACUCAGUGUCGCCGAGGAGGCCAUCAAAAAGAAGGCAUCCGUUAUUGUCAGCUACCACCCCUUCAUCUUCCGCGGCCUCAAGUCAGUCACGCUCAACGACCCGCACCAACGGAUCGUGCUGCGGCUGGCCCAGCACAACAUCGCCGUGUACAGCCCGCACACCUCAGCCGACGCCGUACUCGGCGGCGUCAACGACUGGCUCGCCGGCAUCCUCAAGAAGAUCCACGUGGCGCGGGAGGUGACGGUGGUGAAGCCGAUCGGGGGCCCCGUGCCGGCGGGCUUCGAGGGGGCCGGGUACGGGCGGCGGGUGCAGCUGGCCUUUGACACGGACAUCGAGAGCAUCAUGCAGGUCUACUGCAUGGAGCUGGGGCUGAAGCACGUCAGCGUGUCGCAGCCGCGCCCCCGCCCCGGCGACAGCAACUGCGUGCGCUCCGUCGCUGUUUGCGCUGGGUCGGGCUAUGAUGUGCUCAAGGACACCGACGCCGACUUGAUUAUUACUGGGGAGAUGUCCCACCACAAUGCCCUGCGCCUCAAGAUGCUCGGCAAGUCGGUCAUCACCCUGUUCCACAGCAACUCGGAGCGGGGGUUCCUGAAGCAGGUGCUGCAGCCGCAGCUGCUGGGGGUACUGCAGAAGGAGGACAAGGCGGCCGAGGUGUUGGUGAGCGAGGAGGAUGCGGAUCCUUUUGAGAUCUGGGAGGCGGAGGAGUUGAGAGGGUAA